UUAAGCGCUAGGCCACUGAUUCAGGCACAUGUAAUAGGCUGCUCAUGAAGAACACAUGCCAAGCUGAAGUGUACAGGUAAAAAGUGCAAAAGGUUUUACUGUUGACUUUAGCCCACACAGAAUGGCUUGUUAUGCAAUGUUAUAUUUCGGCAUGGUCGUCUUCUGCAGUUUUUCUACAAUUAUGUCAACAGAUGAGGUCAACUUCCUCAACGCUACAUCCAUUCAAAAAUUGAUUAUGUCAUCAUAUGAAGAAAGUCGUCAAAUGCUUGAUGAAAAAUCCUUUCAAACCAUACAAAGACGAAGUUCACGCGUGUCCUCCGUGCAUGGCUUUUCAUUUCGUCGACAAACUGAGACAGAGACCCUUGAGAUAGGACAUGCUGCUGAGGUUUUCCAAUUAACUCUGCAAGGCCUUCAAAAAAAACUGAAGCAGCGGUACAAAAGGGAUAUCACAGCAACAGAUUUGCUUUCAUGGGAGCACGUGGAGCUGAUCGCAGAGCUGUCAGGAUGUCCACCUCCAGGGCAUCCGGCUACUUCCCAGUGUAGUUACCUCAGCAAGUAUCGUUCCAUAAACGGCAUGUGCAACAACAGGAACAAUCAUCUCUGGGGAGCAGCCAACAUCCCUUUAAAAAGGUGGCUUCCACCUCAAUAUGAAGAUGGAGUACGACAACCCAAAGGUUGGAACGCAGGAAGGCUCUAUAAUGGAUUUGAACUUCCCAAGCCAAAGGAAGUCAGCAAAAAGAUCAUGGGGAGUUCUAUCAAGUGUGAAGACGAUGCCUACUCUCAUAUGCUUGUGGAGUGGGGCCAGUACAUUGACCAUGACAUAACGUUCACCCCUCAAAGCUCCGGGAAGCCCGGAGAUGACUGCCUGAACUCUUGUAAAAAUGUACACCCGUGCUUUCCAAUCCAGGUAAACUGUAACCGAAACAAAAAUUCUGCUGCACCUUUGCCAAACCUUUUCUGAACUGCCUUCCAAGUAAUUCUUGAC